AUGCGCCUCAACGAAUAUACUGCCAUCAUCGGCCAGAAGGUGGUUUUGGUUCCGUACAGAUCGGAACAUGUCGAGCAAUAUCACAAAUGGAUGCAAGACCCUGAAUUACUCGAAUUAACUGCGUCUGAACCACUGAGUUUUGAAGAAGAGAUGGAUAUGCAAAGGAAGUGGCGGAAUGACGCCGAUAAACUUACCUUUAUUAUACUGGCUCGCACGAACCCGGACCUAGCGGUAACCGACCCCAACUCUAUACAUGAGCUUCCGAUGAUAGGGGAUGUCAACUUGUUCCUUAAGGAUGUAGAGACAGACGACGGGGAUCGAAAAGAGGCAGAGGUCGAGAUCAUGAUUGCUGAACGGGGGUAUCGCCGUAAGGGGUUAGCCUUUGAGGCUCUGCAAAUUUUCUUGAACUAUACCACAAGCCGGGACCUGGAGCCAUCUGGACUUGAACUGAGCCCAUAUCAGCUGGUUGUACGUAUCGGUGGAUCGAAUCUGCCGUCCCGAGAGCUGUUCGGGCGUCUUGGCUUUGUGGUGAGCAAGGAAGUUGUGGUGUUUGACGAAGUUGAAAUGCGAUGGAACUGGAGUGAGAGUGGCAUGCAACCCGAGUUGUCUCAAGAGGAAGUCCAGUCGAUAUGGGGUGGCGGAGGGAAAAUAAUUCACUACCUAUAG